CCCUCCCUCUGCUGGAUUGUAGUACCAGUUAGGGCACUGUAUGCACUCUGGGAUUGCAAAAGUGUGCGUGCAUGUGUGUGUGUGUGUGUGUGUGUGUGUGUGUGUUUGGAUUUGCUUGGAGGGAUGUACUUUCCCUCCUGCUUCUCCUCUUGCUCUGCAUGAAGAUAGCAGGUGGAAUCCCGAAGAAAUUGUUUCUGGAACAAUCCCGAGGCAGUGAGUGCUCUGCACCUUUGGAAUCAUGGGAGUGACCCAUGGAAAGAAAGCAGAUCAUAACCAUCAGAGUCAUAAUUCUGCCUGUGCUCAACCACUUAUUGGACCUGGUGAAUCAGUAGAUUUAAUCUCUGAUCUUGGAUCAGUGAUAGACCCUGAUCAGACGUGGGCCAGAGAAGAGGAUUUAGACCAGAGCAAGUUGCUUCCUGAGCAAACGGACAGCGGUUACUAUGAGGAGCUCAUCAGGCCCAAAAAGCUCCACAAUCCCAUCAAAGAGUCCAAGAGCCAUCGGGAGCUCCAGCGAGAGCUGAUUAUUACACACAAAAGAGGAGCAGUGAUGGAGGAGAAGCCAGAGUUACAGAGAGUUCUGGAAAAGAGAAAUAGAGCUCAAGCUCUGAAACAAGACAGAAAGCAGGAAGAAGAAAAAUCACCCCUGGAGCAGGAGUUACUGAAGAGGCAGAUGAGGUUAGAGAAGAUUGAGCGAGAGGCCGAUGAGCAGAGAGAGAGGUCAAAGUGCGCACCUGAGUUCAUUAGGGUCAAGGAGAGUCUGAAGAGGACAUCGAUUGCAAGUGCUGUGGAGAAAGAGCUGUAAUCACACAUCACCUACAACAUCAUAGAUCUACAUGAGUGUUGAUGCUCCUCCAGCUGCUGAUUUGACAGUUCUUGUUAUAGCUUGCGUUUGGAUUUUGAAUGAAAUCAAAGAAUGUGAAAAAACAAUAUUGAGGACAAGAAAGUUGAAAAUGUUGGCUAAAGGCCCGUUCACACCAAGAAUGAUAACUAUAACGAUAACUAUGACGAUAACGAUAUUUGCGUCCACACCAACGAACGAUAACGAUCUGUUUAUUCUAAGCUCACGCGCUGCUGUUUCAAAGUGUGUACAACAUGUUUUUGCUGUUCUUGUUGCAUUUACACAGCUUUAACCAGCAGAUGUCCUCAGCAUGCUAUGUUUCGAGU